AUGGCAUUCGCCCCAAAUUACGUGCAUGACCCAUACCGCUCAACCCAAUACAUAUUUACUCCUCAACCGCCGCAUGCAACGUUUCAGACUACGAAUAUGAGCAUCCAGACUGACCAAGUUCGCUCUCGCCUCGAAUGGCUCUCAACCCUCAGCGCUGGCCCAGAGCCAUCUGAAGAUACCAAAUUCUUGCGCAAGACCUCGAUUAUUGCAACGAUCGGCCCCAAGGUGAACAAUGUCGAGAUGCUCGGCCAGCUCCGCAAGGCUGGCAUGAAUGUCGUCCGAAUGAACUUUUCCCACGGAUCAUACGAGUACCACCAAAGCGUUAUCGAUAACGUACGCCAACUCGUCAAACAGGAGCCCGAUGAUGCACGCCCGCUAGCAAUCGCGCUCGACACCAAGGGACCUGAAAUCCGUACCGGUGCUAUGCGUCCUGGAUGCGACGAUGUUAAAAUCAGUGCCGGACACGAAUUCAUCGUAACUGUCGACCCGCAGUAUGCCGAAUCUUGCGAUGACAAGCGUUUGUAUAUGGAUUAUGCAAACUUGCCGGCGGUGACUUCUCCUGGGAAACUCAUCUACGUUGAUGAUGGUAUCCUAUCCCUGCUUGUUUUGAGCAUCGACGGCAAGGACGUCCAUGUCCGUGCGGUCAACAACGGCACCCUUUCAUCUCGCAAGGGAGUAAACCUACCCAAAACUCCCGUCGACCUGCCUGCGCUCUCCGAAAAGGAUAAGAAGGACCUUCAGUUUGGUGUCAAGAAUGGCGUCGAUAUGGUCUUUGCUUCUUUCAUCCGUCGCGCCCAGGAUGUGAUCGAUAUCCGCGAAGUGCUUGGCCCCGACGGCGCCGCCAUUAAAAUUAUUGUCAAGAUUGAAAACGAGCAAGGUGUCGAGAACUUUGACGAGAUCUUGCGCGAGGCAGACGGUGUCAUGGUUGCCCGUGGUGACUUGGGUAUCGAAAUCCCGGCUAGCCAGGUCUUUAUCGCCCAAAAGAUGAUGAUUGCCAAGUGCAACAUCGCUGGCAAGCCAGUUAUCUGCGCGACCCAAAUGUUGGAGUCUAUGACCUACAACCCCCGCCCAACUCGUGCUGAAGUUAGUGACGUCGCCAACGCUGUGCUUGAUGGUGCGGACUGCGUAAUGUUGUCUGGAGAGACCGCGAAGGGGUCGUACCCUAUCCAGUCUGUCUUGAUGAUGGCUGAGACCUGCUUCCUUGCCGAGUCGGCAAUCUGCUACCCUCCCCUGUACGAUGAGUUGCGUGCUGUUACUCCUCGCCCCACUGAGACCGCCGAGACGGUGGCUAUGGCGGCUGUUGCUGCUGCUCAGGAGCAAGGCGCGAGCGCCAUCUUGGUUUUGUCGACCAGCGGGAACACUGCCAGGUUGGUCUCCAAGUACCGCCCAAGCGUUCCUAUCAUCACUAUCACUCGCAACCAACAAACCGCCCGCCAAAUCCACUUGCACCGAGGCUGCUAUCCCUUCUGGUACCCCGAGCCCCGAGGUAUCGAGGGUGCACAAUGGCAACGUGACGUAGACAACCGUAUCCGCUUUGGUCUCCGUAGCGCUCUUAAGCUCAAGAUUAUCAAGACGGGUACGACCGUUAUCGCCAUCCAGGGCUGGAAGGGUGGACUGGGUCACACCAAUACUCUCAGGGUUUUGAGCGUGCCGACUGAUCCUGCGGACUUGGAGAGCGUGCCCUUGGGAGGUGCUUGA